GUGCAUCGUCCGCUGAGACCAGAGCGCGCACAGGUUUAACCCGUCGGACUCCUAGAGCUUGUCAACAUGAACUUCCUCACUGUGCUGUCCUGCCUCGGCCUGGUGCUGGUUGCUGCUGCCGCCCAGAAACCGAAACCCUGCGUUUCUCCAAUGCUGAUGAGUGGCGGCUUCACCAUCAUGGAUGACAGUGGACUCUACAUGUCCACCGGAACAAUAAGCUACGAUGCUUUUGGUCAGAGGAUGCGAGUUAGAAACUACAAGUUAGUUGGCAAUCACACUUCUUCUAUGGAUCAGCUGAUGCUUUUCAAAGAG